AUGCCACCAUCAACCAAACACAACGUAGAGCUUUUACUCGAGUGGCUUCAAACACAACUUGCUCUUUAUACAGCCGUACGAAUCAUCCCACCUAUCCCACCCGACUUUUAUCUCGACACUACUUUUUGUAUCGACUUGUUGCUUUGUCUCGCUCAUCGUUUCUUCCCAUCUUCACUACCCGAUUUGAUUGUACGGCUCAAACGCGUUGGCAAUAGCAACAACAAUAUCUCUAUCGCCAAGAAUCUAUUUCAGGAACAUUGGCAACUCACCCCAUCAUCACCAUCAUCAUCAUCCAAUUUGCUCGAGUAUAUGUACGAGAUCCAUGCCACAGCUACUACUAUCAAUCAUGAUGAUGAUGAUGAUGAUGACAAGAUGAGCCAACAACUGUGUAGUCUACUCGAAUUUGUGCACCUGAAACUGAGUUCAGCCACGGUACUUGAUGACGAUUGGCUCAGUAAUCUGGAACAGAUCAUGACACAUGCUUCGACUUUGCAACAACAACAAACGACAAACACAACUACUUCAAAUGUGCUACAGCUUCAAUACGAUCAUCUUUAUAGCUGGCUGGCCCAGAUCAAAGUGUGGUCAUCUUAUACUACCGAUGAUGAUGAUGAUAUGAGUCAGCUACACGAUGCACUACAACAAGAGUCCCUGCAGGGAAACGACAUGCUUUCACAUACCAUCCUGCAUCGUUUGAUUACUGCACCUCGGCAGGCACUCUUACGCCAAAAGGUCUCUGAACGCCAACACAAACAUGCACAACACGUGGCACGGCUGCAAGAUGACUGGUGCCAUGCACAACAGGUGGCCAAAAUAGACCCAGCCAAUAAGGAUCUCAUGGCCAAAGCUCGUCUUGUUUUUGCCCGACUCGAUGGAUACACAGCUGAUCAUCACAUGUCAUCACAGCUACGCAGCCUUGAAGAACAACAUCGUCUUGCUCUUGAAGCUAUAGAGCGUGAGCAUCAACAAGCUGAACAACAACGACAUCUUCACGCUUUUAUGCAACAAAGCAAUGAGCUGGAAGAGGAAGUCGACCACGUGAUCAAGAAUGCAAUGGACCAUUGGGAUUGGGAACAAGCUACAGCCAAUGUCAAUGCACUCAAAGAUCGUCUUACCACACUCACUGAACGUACAGCUGCACGUAUUCCAUAUCCGAAGCAUGUUGACAAUCAACCCGUUUGGCAACGCGUCCACGAUCGAAAAGCUGGACUUGUUUCGCUUCAAGACUCGCUUGAUACAGCAUUACAACAACAUAAACGUAAAUUGGAUCAUACAGCUUUUAUUCAACAAUGGAUGUCUCACGCCGACAUGUGUAUAUCAUGGCUGGAUUCUCGAACAUCUACAAUUCAUGACGCGAGCUCUAUGCUGUAUACGAUCGAAGGUGCCAUGGAUCGUAACGAUUGGGAACAACUGGAUCACGAAUGGCACAGCUAUGCAUCGUCUUUUGAAGCAUUUCGUAUUGGGAAAUUGGAACCAUUAUUAAAUGCUGAUGCAGUCAUGGAUGAAAAGAAACGUACGAUUGACACAGCACUGGCCACUUUGGAUUUUGCGAUGAAGCAUUUUCGACAACAAUUGGAUGAGCAGCUUGCUAUGAUUCAACGACACGAAGAACAUGCCAAAUUAUCGACCAAAUUGACUGAGCAGACGCACGCUAUUUGGGAUGCUGUGGCACCUAUUGAAUGUGGUCAACAUGAUAUCGAUUCACCUACAUCCAUACCAAGCUAUGAAGAUGACAUCCAAAUGGAUGAGCAAGAGAUGCCGAUUUGGCUCACCCAUCAAAUCCGGGACUUUACCGACUUGGUGCAAUAUACCCAUACAUUGCAAGUUGAGCAUGCUCGUGUCAAGGGUAUCGUUGAUAGUGCUUUGGAUAUCAAAGUGACAGGUGUCAUUCUUUACCAUGAAAUCAAGCAAGCUGCUUCCACUCUUGAUACCAAGCAUCCAUAUCCUGCACCCAAUCAACAUGUCGUGGAUACUUUUGUCGCUCAAGCAAAUGAAUUUUGUCGUACAUUUGGAUCAUUGGAUCGACAUCAUCAUACACGUACCUUGACUAGCCUAUGUCCAAAAGGUGUGCGUUCUACAAGACCCGAUCCAUUUUUGCCAUCCACUGACGGCUCAUUUUAUGACGCUGUUUCUGAAUCUUGUCACAUCCUUCAGCAUCUUGUUCACUCGUUAGUGCCAUUACAGCAGCAAUACAAAGACGCCCUCCAAGUCAAACAACAUGUCUCGACAUUGGUAGAGCGGGCAACGACAUGCAGCAAUCGUAUUUCAACUAUUCAACUUGAUGACGACCAUACCGAUUUGUACUCUGAGAUCGAUGCAUUAUCAGAGGCUUUCACACAAUUACCAUCGACGAUGAAGCUUAUCAGCAUGCAGUCAGCAUUCGAUGUCAUGGAUCAUUUACGACAACAAGCGAGCCAUUUGAACCAGGAAAUUCAACAGCAUACAUUGGAUAUUGCAGCACAAAAUGCCAAGGAGACUUGGGAAGCAACUCAUCAUUCGAUCGAGAAUGACAUACUCCAAGGCAAAGGAGACAAUUUGGAUGAUCGCAUGACCAAACUCGAAGCACAUUAUCUUGCUAUGGAACGUGCAUUUGGUAUUGCAGGCAACAAUGACUUUUCAUCAUGUACAGCAACAAAGCAGAGAAAUCUCGAGCGUCAAGUAAUGGAAUUCCAACAGCAACAAGAGCGAAUGCAACGUUUGAGCGAGUACCAGAACCUGGUGACAUUAUGGCAUCAGCAAAUGGACACAGCGUUUAGCAAAGUGGAUCAGACGAAUACUGAUAUUGCCAAAAUUGUACAUACCACGCAAAAGUCGCUUGUACCACCAUCCAAUGCUUCAACAAUUCUUGAUGAACUACAACAAAGUGUGAUCCAUGUGCCUGUACCAGAUGAUCGUAUCCGACGUUGGGUUGUGCAAGGUGCUGUUGAUGGUUCAAAAGAUACGCUCGUCAUGAUGGAUGAAAGAACACACGCCUUGCAACAAGGUAUUAUCGACAUCCCUGAUUCGAUAUUACAUGCUCGCCAGGUGACCGAUCAAUGUUCUUUGAUGCAGCAAUUGAUGCUUGAAAUGGAUGAUUUAUUCAACGUCAAUGAUCUCGAGACGCUCACUCAUUUGAUUGACGAACUGGCAACACGUAUCCAUGAUCCAGUAUUACAUGUCUUCCCCAACAAUGGCAAUGAUGCUGAAACCAACGCUCGUAUUCGUGAGGCUCUUGAUAGUAAGCUUUUUGCUCUCAAGGAAAAGUGUGCUGCAAUGAAUGCUUCUACUCGACACAGCACAUGGCGAUCCGAAUGCAAGAAUGUCAUUGACAAGUGUCGCGCUGACCUUGAUGCCAUCAUCAAUUCAUGUGCAGAUCAUAAAGCUGACCCCAUCAAAGUCAAUGAAAAGGAUAUCCUCGGUAUUGAACAAGCCAUUCGACAUGCAACAGAUGCUGCCAAGGCUCACCUCACUGAUGCGGAUGAUCUUGAGACUAUCGACAAUCUCCAUUCUCAGGCAAAGAAUGCAUUGGAGGAGUUGACAUGUGCCAUGGAAGUCGCCAAGGAGGCUAUACGUGAUAAGGAGCAUUGGAAUGCAUUCCAGGCACAGAUUGAUCACCUUGAAAGCAUGCACAAUCAGUAUGUGGAUGAGCAACAACACGCCCUCAAGACCAUGGAUCGAUCAUUGCCCGAAAUCGCUUUGGACAUUGACACUACCUGUUUGAGUGUGAUGCGUGUACAUAUCGCUCAAAGCAGCAAGCGUAGUCAACACGUAUCCAGGAUGGAGGUACAAUACAAGGAUGUAUCUCUCAAGCACCAGGAAUUGAUGGAUGCCAUAGCAACAGCGGAUGUCAACCGUGACCAUGACAACCGUAUGCAGCAGAUGAACCAUGCAGCGGAUGAGUUGAUUGAUCAAAUACGAAUUGUGGCCAAUGAGAUGCACAAUGUUCGAGCAGUAUGGGUGACCGAUGCUACUAUCCUUGAACAACUCGAACAACGGAUAGCGAAUGUCAAGGACGAUUACGCACGCAAAGUCGAACAUGUGAGAGCGCUUUGUUCCUUGUCAAAGACGACACGUGAUGAUGUGAACCAGCAAUAUCGAAUGCUUGAAGAGACUUUCGAAGAUGCAUCUGCGUUUGUGACCAAAAUGCAGGGAUGGGUUCGCACACGUGAAAUGCUUGAUUAUGCUGAAUCCUCAUUACAAGAUACCAAGCGCUGCCGAGAAUUGCUUACUGAAGCACUAGCACAAAUGGAUGACGAUGAUAUGGAUGCUCGUAUGCGAUACGUGGAGUUGUUCAAUAGCGUAUGUGCCAUGGAAGCUGAACACGCUGCACAAAUGGCCGAUCAACAACGUCAACAAGAACUUGAUGCACACCAGCAAUCUUUACGUAAAGUUGCCGAGAAGAUGUUCACCACGAUUGACGACGCUUGUAGUAAAAUGGUUGAUGUGGCAGAGCACAAGAACGCGGAUGCUAUCCAUGAACAUUAUUUCGAGAUGCUGGCUUUGCUUACAACACAACGAACACGAUGCGAUCAAUUGGAACGUGAACUUGAGGAUGUACAUGUGUGCCGUGCCUUGCAUGCAUCUAUUCAACACAUGGCAUCUAUGCAUGAGGCUCUCAAAGUGAUUGGUGAUCAUACACGUGCAGCUGAAGAAAUCAUGGAUUGGAUACGUGUACGUGAGGAUCGUGGUACAGUGACCCAGGCACAACUCAAAGCUUAUGCACCCACCAUGGCACGAUUCCGAGCAUUCAAGUUACCGACUUAUGAACCACAAAUGCACCGUAUCGCUCAAAGUCGUUUGGCUAAAGUGGAAAACGCUUGGAUGCAUUUGCUUGAGUGGAUGGAGGACAUUGAUGCCAAGGCUCAACAAGAAGCACGGUACAAACAAUGCAUGUAUCAGCUCGAAGAGAUGGAAGCCAUAUUGAAGAGUGCGCAUUUUCAAUUGGAUCAGUGUCAGCAACAGCUUGUGGAUGAUGAAAGUCAUCAUCAUAUCGAUUCCAUGUUACGUGAACCUGAAGCAUUGGCGUUGGAGCGACGUGUACAAACAUUGGCUGAACGUACAGCAGCAUUAUUGGAAGAACAUCGAUUAUCAAGAUCCGAUCUCAUUGACAAUGACGAGUUGGCGGAACGACAAGCAGCUGUUGAUGCAUCUAUUGAGCAAUUUUAUGGUGCUGUGGAGGAUACACAAUGCCGAGUGGCACGUGCUUUGACGAUCAGUGAAUAUUUGAUGUUAUCGGAUGAUAUUGAUUUGAUGAUUAGCAUCUUCAAGGAUCACGUUGAUGCUGCAGGUGCUGUUGUGCCAAGCAAAAAGGAGCAAUUAUCAAGUACGCUGGAAGCCAUGGAAGCACAACAAAAGUACUAUGACGAGCACAUUGAAGACAAGAUGGAUGCAGCUGCUGAAUUGAUUGUUGAUAUGCCACGUGCUGUUGAUUUGCAUUUCGAGGCACUUUAUGAACGAUGGGAAAGUGUACAGCAACAAGCACAAAAUCGUAUUGCCACGUUGAAACAACGCCUCCAACGACGUGGUCGAUUGGCAUCAUUCCCUACUACCAUGACUACUGCUGGUCCUGGUUCACCCCCUCUACCACAGUCAACUACUACGAUUCGUGGCGCCGGCUCCACCAUACCACCUUCAUCAUCGUCGUCGCCAUUGACACCUCGUGUUCGUCGCCAUAGCAACAACAACAAUGGGUUACCACCCCGAUCGAUUAUCAAGCCUGCAUCAUCAUCAUCACCACCACAAACGCAUUAUGAACCGGAUCCAACGAAUGCAUUGGAUGUUGAGAUUGGUCGUGUUGUCAACGAGACCCAAUGUGCAGUGCGAGUGCAAAUGGUACCUGGUCAAGUAGGCAAGUAUUGGUUUGGCUAUCGACAUCCAAGACUUGUAUAUUGCCGAAUUCUCAAGAGUGGCAUGGUGAUGGUGCGCGUUGGUGGUGGAUGGUGUGAACUUUCCGAAUUCAUCCGUGAGCGUGCUUUGCUUGAAGAAAGCAUCUUGUGCAUCAAUAACAACAACAAAGGAUUACCGCAACAAGGAUUCUUGUCCACUACAGGUCGCCGACCCAGUUUAUCCCAGGCAACAACAUCCUCAUCAACAACAUUAUACUCCUCCUCUUCUCUUAAUAACCAACCUGUUGUCCAUCUCAAGAAAAGCUCUUCAAGUUCUACCAUUUCUUCUAGUAAUACCACCAACACUACUGUUUCAUCGACAUCUUCAUCCACCACCCUAUCAACCACCGCACCCGGAUGCUACCUUGCAGGAGACAAGUACAUGGCUGUCGAUCACAUGGGUAAUCAUCAUCCUGUUCGGCUUGUUAAGGCUGACAAUAUACCAAACACAAGCAGUGGAUCUCGUACCAUCCUCAUGAAAUAG